UGUGAUUUGGUGCCUUAGUGGAUCUUGUGCUGCCACUGAGAAAAGAAAGGAAAGGUGCAAAGAUGGGCUUCUUCCUCUCAGCUGAGACCUGGACCCUCCUGGUGGCUCUCAUCACACUGAUUUUUGUGUAUUCCUGCUGGAAUUUUGGAACAUUUAAGAAAUUGGGCAUUCCCGGUCCCACACCAGUCCCCUUUUUCGGCACUAUGCUGGCAUACAGAAAGGGAUUCUUUACCUUUGACUAUGACUGCUUCAAGAAAUAUGGGAAAACAUGGGGCAUUUUUGAUGGCCGUCAGCCUGUGCUGUGCAUCACAGAUCCUGCCAUGAUAAAAGCCGUCCUGAUAAAGGAGUGUUACUCUCUCUUCACCAAUCGCAGAAACUUCCGUCUGAAUGGGCCACUGUACGAUGCCGUGUCCAUCGCUGAGGAUGACCACUGGAAGAGGAUCCGCAGUGUCCUCUCUCCCUCCUUCACCUCAGGGAGACUGAAAGAGAUGUUUGACAUAAUGAAACACCACUCUGCUAAUCUGGUCAGCAGCAUGAAGAAGAAAGCAGACAAGGAUGAGCCCUUAGAGCUGAAGGAGUUCUUUGGGCCUUACAGUAUGGAUGUAGUAACCAGCACGGCCUUCAGCGUCGACAUUGACUCACUCAACAACCCCGCAGACCCUUUUGUCACCAACAUCAAGAAGAUGCUGAAGUUUGAUCUUUUCAGUCCUCUCUUCCUCCUCAUUGCUUUCUUCCCCUUUUUGGGUCCUGUUUUUGAGAGGUUGGAGUUUUCCUUUUUCCCUGCAUCUGUCACAGACUUUUUCUAUGCUGCACUGCAGAAGAUCAAGUCUAAUCGAGAGCAAAGCAAGCAACAGAGUCGAGUGGAUUUCCUUCAGCUGAUGAUGGACUCCCAGAAAAACAAUGACUGCAGUAAUAUGGAACAAGAAAAAGGUUUAAAUGAUCAUGAGAUACUUUCUCAGGCAAUGAUUUUCCUCUUUGCUGGCUACGAAACAAGUAGCAGCUCUCUCACUUUCUUGGCUUACAAUCUGGCAACAAACCCGCACAUCAUGAAACGGCUGCAGGAGGAGGUUGACUCCACCUUCCCUAACAAGGCUCCUGUUGAGUACCAGGCUCUGAUGCAGAUGGAGUAUCUAGAAAGCGUUAUCAAUGAGUCUCUCCGAUUGUACCCCAUCGCCCCGCGUUUGGAACGUGUGGCCAAGGCGACUGUUGAGAUAAAUGGCAUUGUGAUUCCAAAAGAUAUGGUUGUCAUGGUACCCACAUGGCCUAUUCACCGGGACUCUGAGGUGUGGCCCGAGCCUGAGAAGUUCAAACCUGAGAGGUUCAGCAAGGAAAACAAAGAGAGAAUUGAUCCGUACACAUACAUGCCUUUUGGAGCAGGGCCAAGAAACUGCAUUGGGAUGCGAUUUGCUCUGGUGAUGAUGAAACUGGCGAUGGUGGAGAUUCUGCAGAGGUACAGCUUCUCUGUGUGCAAGGAGACUGAGAUCCCCAUAGAGAUGGACAUCCAGGGCUUGCUGAUGCCAAAACGACCAAUCAAACUGAAGCUGGUGCCACGUUCUGAACCCUCAAACUAAAAAAAAACUAAGCAAGAUAAAGAAGAAUCUUUUUAACUUUGUCGUAUACACACCUAUUGUGAGCGAACACCAUGUCUGUUUUUAUCAUGGGAAUAGUACAGUUGUGUGUACAGUUACUUCUCUUUUUGUCUGUCAAAGCUUUUGUUGAAGUUCAUCCCAAACUGAAUGACAAAUUUGUAACGCCUGUGUAGUCAAUAAAGGAUAGUUUGGAUUUUU